CACUCCAGCUGAAACUGGGCCCGGAGUCCGGGCUCCGAGUGGGAAAGUAUGGCUGGAGAGCAGUUCUAGCGCUUGUUCUCUCUCAGGGACACAGGGCUGGUUGGCAGCAGGGGUGGGGGGUCUGCCCCCCCUCGGGGGGGCAGGACCGGGCCUCAGGCCUGGGUGCUGUGUAGCACCUGGAAGAUGCCAAUGUCCUGGUUCCUGCUGUCCUUGGCACUGGGCCGAAGCCCUGUGGUGGUUUCUCUGGAGAGGCUUGUGGAGCCUCACGACACCGCACGCUGCUCUCUAGGCCUUUCCUGCCACCUCUGGGAUGGUGACGUGCUCUGCCUGCCUGGAAGCAUCGAGUCUGCCCCGGGCCCUGUGCUCGUGCCUACGUGCCUGCAGACAGAGCUGGUGCUGCGGUGCCCACAGGAGACUGAUUGUGCCCUCUGUGUCCGCGUGGUUGUGCACUUAGCUGUGCAUGGGGGCUGGGAAGAGCCUGAAGAAGGGGAGAAUUCUGAUUUGGAACUCCAGGAACCUAGAAACGCCUCUCUCCUGGCCCAGGUGGUGCUCUCCUUCCAGGCCUACCCCAGUACCCGCUGUGCCUUGCUGGAGAUACAGGUGCCCGCUGUCCUGGUGCAGCCUGGUCAGUCUGUGGGUUCUGCAGUGUUUGACUGUUUCGAGGCUGGUCUUGGGUCUGAGGUGCGAAUCUGGUCCUACACACAGCCCAGGUACCAGAAAGAACUCAAUGUCACCCAGCAGCUUCCUGACUGCAGGGGUCUUGAAGUCCGGGACAGCAUCCAGAGCUGCUGGGCCCUGCCCUGGCUCAAUGUGUCUGCAGAUGGUGACAGUGUUCACUUGGUACUGGACGUCUCUGAGGAGCAGAACUUUGGCUUCUUACUGUACUGGGAUCAGGUCCAGGGUCCUCUCAAACCCUGGAGGUACAAAAACCUGACUGGACCACAGACUAUUACCUUAAACCAUACAGACCUGGUUCCCUGCCUCUGCAUUCAGGUGUGGCCCCUGGAGCCAGACUCUGUUAGGACCAGUUUCUGCCCUUUCCGGGAAGAUCCCCGUGCACACCGGAACCUUUGGCACAUAGCUAGGCUGCAGGUGCUGUCCCCAGGGACAUGGCAGCUAAAUGCACCAUGCUCUCUGCCGGCCCAGGUGGCACUGUGCUGGCAGGCACCAGACCAGGUUCCCUGCCAGCCCCUUGUGCCACCAAUGCUCCAGGAGAAUGUCACUGUGAAUAAGCCUUAUGAGUUCCCAUCGGUGAGAGGCCACCCCAACCUCUGUGUCCAGGUCAGAAUGCAGGUGAGCAGCUUGGAGAAGGUACAGUUCCAAGAAUGCUUGUGGGCUGACUCCUUGGGGCCCUUCAAGGACGAUAUGCUAUUAGUGGAGAUGAGAACCGGCCUAAACGACACAUCAGUCUGUGCCUUUGAAUCCAGUGGCUGUACAGCACUGCCUAGCAAUGCCUCCACGAGAGCUGCUCGCCUUGGAGAGCAUUUGCUGCAAGACUUCCGGACACACCAGUGCGUUCAGCUGUGGAAGGAGGAUGACCUGGGAGCGCUAUGGGCCUGCCCCAUGGACAAGUACAUCCAUAAGCGCUGGGUCCUGGUGUGGCUGAUCUGCCUACUCUUGGUCGCUGCACUUUUCUUCUCUCUCCUUCUAAAAAAGGAUCGUGUGAAAGCUGCCCCUAGGGCCCGUACAACCUUGCUCCUCCACUCUGCCGAGGGAGAGGGCCAUGAGCGUUUGGUGGGCGCACUGGCGUCUGCGUUGAGCCAGUUGCCGCUGCGCGUGGCCGUGGACCUGUGGAGCCGCCGCGAGCUGAGCGCGCACGGGGCCCUGGCUUGGUUCCACGAGCAGCGGCGCCGGACCCUGCAGGAGGAUGGCGUGGUGGUCCUCCUCUUCUCGCCAGCGGCGGUGGCGCAGUGCCAGCAGUGGCUCCAACACGAGACUGUGGGACCGGGGCCGCAUGACGCCCUCGCCUCCUGGCUCAGCUGCGUGCUGCCCGACUUCCUGCAAGGCCGGGCGGCCGGCCACUACGUCGGGGUCUACUUUGACGGGCUGCUGCACCCCGAUGCUGUACCCGCCCCGUUCCGCGCCGCUCCGCUCUUCUCCCUGCCUUCGCAGCUGCCCGGCUUCCUGGACGUCUUGCAGGGAGGCUGCUCCCGGAGCACCGGGCAGCCCGCUGACAGGGUGGAGCGAGUGGCCCAGGCUCUGCGGGCCGCCCUGGACAGCUGCAACCUGCAAUCGGGAGGCCCCGGGAGCUGCGGCGAGGCAUGGGACCCGGGACCCUACCCUGCACUCAAAUAAAGACCAACACAGUUAACCUAACCAAGUUGCCGUC